AAAGCAACGCAAAUCGCUCGGUUGUGUUCUCUUCCUCAGAGCACGAUCCUCUCUCCGACGUUGUUGGGAUGGAGUUGAAAAGGGAGGGAAAUCAAACGAAAAGCCUCAUAAAACGCUAAAUAUAUAUUAUAAAAAAACUAACAAAAACGUUGGGAACUCACUUCACUUGAUGACAUGCCAAAGCUGCUUCUAUGGCGAGGCUGCUUCGGAACAUUUCAUUUCUCACCCGCUCCCUGUUCGUCCCUCAGGGCUUUAAACUUGGAAUAUUCGGCACUUCUCAGAUUUUGAACUUUUCAUCUAAAGGUAGAAGGCGCUCUAAAUCUGAUGGAAGUGACUCAGGUGAAGAAAACAUGUCUAAGAAAGAGUUGGCCCUUCAACAAGCUCUUGAUCAGAUCACUUCCACAUUUGGAAAGGGAUCUAUAAUGUGGCUUGGUCGCUCUGUCUCACCAAGAAAUGUACCUGUUGUGUCUACUGGUUCUUUUGCUCUUGAUAUAGCACUAGGAGUUGGUGGACUUCCAAAGGGACGUGUUGUGGAAAUAUAUGGUCCAGAGGCUUCUGGAAAAACAACUCUUGCUUUACAUGUGAUUGCGGAGGCGCAGAAGCAAGGAGGGUACUGUGUCUUUGUUGAUGCUGAGCAUGCCCUAGAUAAGACACUUGCAGAGUCUAUUGGUGUGAAUACAGCAAACUUGCUGCUCUCCCAACCGGACUGUGGUGAACAAGCACUUAGUCUAGUAGAUACGUUAAUCCGUAGUGGUUCAGUUGAUGUAAUUGUUGUUGACAGUGUGGCUGCUCUUGUUCCUAAAGGUGAGCUUGAUGGUGAAAUGGGUGAUGCUCACAUGGCAAUGCAGGCUAGGUUGAUGAGCCAGGCGCUUCGAAAAUUGAGCCACUCUUUGUCACUUUCUCAAAGUAUAUUAAUUUUUAUAAACCAGGUGAGGUCAAAGAUUUCGACUUUUGGGGGAUUUGGUGGGCCUACUGAAGUUACUUGUGGCGGUAAUGCAUUGAAAUUCUAUGCUUCUAUGCGGUUAAAUAUCAAGAGAAUAGGGUUUGUCAAAAAGGGUGAAGAGAUUUUAGGGAGCCAGAUUCUUGUCAAGGUUGUGAAGAACAAGCUUGCCCCUCCAUUUAAAACUGCUGAGUUUGAGCUUCAAUUUGGCAAGGGUAUAUGUAGAGAAACAGAGAUUAUAGAAUUGAGCGUAAAACACAAACUCAUCUUAAAGGCUGGUGCAAUGUAUUACUAUAACGAGCGGAAUUUUCGUGGUAAGGAUGCUCUAAGAAGUUUCCUGGCUGAGAAUCACAGUGCAUUAGAAGAACUUGAAAUCAAGCUCAGGGAGAAGCUUCUUAAUGGUGAUGAAACAGAAAAGGUGCAAGAAUCAGAUGUGAUUAGUGGAGAAGUUACAGAAGAAAUUGCAACCAUUGAUUCUACUGACGAGGAAGCCACAGAUGUUGUAGAAGCAUGAUUUUAUGAACGACCUUAAAGUAUGGCUCACUAUUUUCCCUGCCUCAAUAUGGACCCAUGUGAUUUAUGUAUGCUGAGAUUGAUGAAUUUGUCCACUCAAAUGAAGGUCCUAAGAAGCAAUGCAUGCCUCCAAUGCUUCUAUUUUGGAAUCUCAUUCUUGCCUCACGUUAUUGAUUGCACUACCUCUAAAUUUGACUUUGUAUAGGCAUAGUAAUAUGGCACAUAUAAAUUUAGAAUGGAAUGGAUUGACUGCUUUGGUAGCAAGGUCAUUUAUACUCCAGAGUUGUAAGGAUUUUCCAAUGCAAUUUGUAUAUUGAUGCAUAUGUUUCUCAUUU